AAUAGCUCGGUGAAUGUGAUGCUUGAGAAAUCAAUCUUUAAUUUUAAUUUUCAUCUACUAUUCCUGAGAAAUCCCUCAUACAACCCGAUUGCAUAGACACGCCCGAGAGAUUCUAUAAAAUGAUAGUCACUGCAUUUGUAACGCCAGUUGGUUUUAUUAAGUCGUUAGUUAAAGAAAAAAGUUGAUCGCUUAUCAUUUAAAGAAAAAUUACAUCCUUUAUAGUAUCAAUACUCUAAACAAAAUGGACUAUCGAAAAUGUACAUAUACCAUUAUAAUAAUUCUAAUUAUUGACUCAAGUAUUUUUAACAAAACUGUUGUUUGCUUAAGUGAAACUCCAUGUGAUUGCAUACAUGAAAGUGAAUGUGAUUAUGUAUCUAAAGCUAAAUACUUCUACAAAGAUCUAAGGAUCUUACAGCCUUGCGCUUUGCCAAGUGAAGACUUCUAUUGCUGUCCGAGUCCUAUAAAAACCACAAUUUCAGAAAGAAAAUGCAAAGAAUUUUCGCAAAUUGAAAACUUUUGUAAGGAGCAUCAUUUGAUCAACAGAGGAAAACCUGUAGAGCCGAAUGAAAUAUCAUUUAUCGCCUCAAUUCAAAUGAGAGACAAAUCUGAUGAUAAAUCUCCUUGGGAAUGGAAGUGCGGUGGGACAUUGAUUGAUCCGAAGUUUGUUUUGACUGCAGCGCAUUGCUUUGAAAAUAUCGAUACUGCAACAACAGAAAUUACUGUUCUCUUAGGAGCUCAUAAUAUAACCGAAACAACAGAAAGGAAUGAUUAUGGACGAUUUAAUGUAACAAUUAAAAUACACGAGGAUUAUUUCAAUAGUCCAUUUGGUGACAUUGCUCUUCUGGAACUGGGAAGUGCUGCAGACAUUAGAACGCCUAGAAUUCGACCAGCUUGCUUGCCUACAUCAAGUGGAAAGGAAAUUAAAGAAUUUAGGGCUGCUGGUUUUGGUACAACCAAUGGGCGCGAUUUCCCAAGUGCAUUAUUGCAGACAACUUUGAUGACAAAGCCAAUUGAAAAUUGCCGCCUUACGGAAGAUACCCAGUUAAAUGAAACUCUUCAAUUCUGCGCAGCGCCGAACGGAAGAACUGGUGGCGAUGUUUGUCCUGGUGACUCUGGCGGUCCAGUAUUCAUAGAAUAUCCUGGUCGCAAUGAUUGCCUUUAUGCGGUAAUGGGCAUCGUUUCCGAAGGGAAUUUCUGCAAUGUCGAUGAUCCUCAUACGUUUCAUACUAGAGUUUGGUAUUAUCGAGAAUGGAUUGAGAGUAUUGUAUGGCCCAAUGAGAAGAAUUCAUAACUGUAUGUUACAUUGGUUUGAA